AUGAGAUAUACUGUUGACGUCAAAAUUAAAGGUUUCAAGCCAAACACGAGAGGAUCUUUCAUUCAAGGCCCUUUCACCACGCUAAAAGAGCUACUCGUGAAGCUGCCAGACUCUAUUAACUUCAAUGUUGAGAUAAAAUAUCCGAGAUUCCACGAAGCGAUUGAAGCCGGUUUAGCCCCGAUUGGGCUUGAGAUCAAUGAAUUCGUUGAUCGAAUACUAGAUCAAAUCUUCCAAAAUGCUCGAGGACGAAAAAUAAUACUUUCCUCCUUCACACCGGAAAUUUGUAUCCUUUUGGCCCUCAAACAGAAAAGAUAUCCGGUCAUGUUUUCCAAACGGUGGAAUUUGGCCGGUAUUGUCUUUGCUUCCGACAUAUUACUUCUAUGUCCGAGACUUGUGGGCUAUGUGAGACAAACAGGGUUUGUUUGCGGGUCUUAUGGCUCCUUAAACAAUGUUCCAGAAAAUGUGAGGAUACAACAAGCGGCAGGCGUUCAGAUUUUGAUGGCCGAUAGAGUUGGCGUUGUCUCAACGGUGCUUAACGAGAGCCAUAUCGACUCAUCAGUUAAUGCAUCCACUCAAUUUGACUAG